AGCCAUUUGGCGGGGGCCCGACGGGCCAGACCCCCCCGCGCGCGGCGGGGCGCGGAGGGGGGGUGCGCUCCUUGGAUGCCCGCCGCGGCGUCGCCAAGGUGAGAGCUGUACUCGGCGGGCGGCGAUGGCGGGCACAGCGGGCCGGAAGCUGUUCGUGGGCUCGCUACCUUCGGACAUCUCGGACCCAGCGCUGCGGGCAGAAUUCGGCAGGUAUGGUCAGAUAGAGGACAUCUUCGUGAAGCCUGAUUGCCCGCCGGGCAAGCAGUGGGCCUUCAUCACGUUCGCUACGCCAGAUCAGGCCCAGCAGGCCAAGGAGGCGACGGACCGCACACUGCACUUCCAGGGCGCCGAGCGGCCGUGCGACGUGAUGGUGGCGAAGAACCAGGGCAUGUACGGGCAGGAGCCGAUCGGCAAGGGCGGCUACCAGGCUCCCAGCUACGACCCCGGCUACUCCCAGUCCUGGGGCGGCAAGGGCGGCUACGGCACGCCGUCGCACGAGCAGCCUGGCCAGAAGAAGAUUUUCGUCGGCUCGCUGCCGGAGGCGAUCACGGAGACCGAGCUGAGAGCGGAGUUCUCCAGAUACGGGCAGAUCGAUGACCUCUUCAUCAACACCAAGCCCGUGGAGCCUGGCAGGCAGUGGGCGUUUAUCACUUUCAACACCCCCGAGCAGGCGGGGAACGCAAAGGUCAGCGCCGACCGCGUGCUGACCUUCCCGGGGGCCGACAAGGCGUGCGAGGUGACGCUGGCGCGACACCAGGGCAUGUACGGCAAGGGGGAUCACGGAGGCUCAGAUCACGGCGGUCAUCACGGUAGUCAUCACGCGCCCGCCCUGGCUGCCCCCUCUCCCCAGGAGGGUCCCAGGAAGAUCUUCGUGGGCUCCCUGCCGCAGAGCAUCACGGACGCGACGUUAGGGUCGGAGUUCUCGAAGUACGGCCAGGUUGUCGAUGUCUUCAUCAACAGCAAGCCCUGCGAGCCGGGCCGCAACUGGGCUUUCGUCACCUUCGCCGCAGGCGAGCAGGCACAGCAGGCGAAGGACGCCACGGACCGGAUCCUCACGUUCCCAGGCGCAGACAAGGCCUGCGAGGUGAUGCUGGCGAAGAACCAGGGCAAGUUCGGGCAGGACCCGGGCGGCGGCGGCGGAGGCGGCGGGCCGCCCUCGGGCAAGGGCAUGUACGUGCCCCCGCCGGGCGGCUACGGCGGGGGCGGGGGCGGAGGGCACCAGCCCCCGCCCCCGCCCACGCCGCCGCCGCCGAGCCUGACGCCGUGGAGGAUGUACAAGACAGCCGCGGGGCUGCCGUACUACCACAACAACAGCACCGGCGUGACGACGUGGGAGUGCCCGCCGGACCUCCAGGUGCCGGAGCCCGGGAGCCGGCACGCGGGGCCCCACGUGGUGGCGCCCACGAAGGGCAAGGGCUACUACUCGCCGUACUGAGGGGGGGGGGGGGCGGGCGCGCCCCGCGGGCGGCCCCGGGCCGGGGCCCCCUUUGCUGGUGCAUUUGGGAAAUGUUUAUGUCCGGCCGGCAGGGGCCAGCCAUGGAGCUCUCACGCGCUGCCCCCUUCGGGGGUUGGACGGGCCUCCUAUGCCCCGACGCGUCGAUGAGAGCGGAUGGGCCGUGUUCGCUUCGCGAGAGGGCGUCGUGGCCGUCAUGUUUGCUGCGGGUCCAGGCCCGUCGGUUUCGUCUUAUUUUAUAUCAUCGGGCCUCCAAACUCGCGCGUGAACUUCCCGCGCAAGGCGGCGCGGAGGUGCCGCUGCUCCGCGCGCGGCGUGCCGGUCUGGCGGCCCGCGCAGGCCCAUGCCAAGAACGUGUGUGUGCGGCCGGAGGGGAGCUCGAAAGGCGAGGAUAUCACGCCACGGCAGGGGCCAAGGCUUGCCAGGUGCCGGUGCCGCCGUGCCCGACUCGUGCGCGCCGGCGGCCGGUUCAGGCGGGCGCGCCGCGCCGCGCCGACGGAGGCUUCUCGGAGGGGGCCACCUCCUGCCGCGGCGGCCCGCGGCGCGCGGGCGGGCGGUGCCCGCGGCGGCGGCAGGAGCAAUAGACGUGUCGGUAUGCUUUGCGCGCUCGCAAGGGAGCCGCGGCGGGGGCCUGCACGGGACCGCCGGCUCGGAGACCGAUCUUGG